AUGGCCAAUGAACAUAUUUAUAUGGAGCAAGCCCUUGGGUAUAUAUUGACCCACACUUUCCUAAUCAUGUCUAUCAGCUAUGACAUCAUAAUUACAGGCAACAACUCGUCUCUCCUUGCCAGUUUUACUUGGAAAUUCAAUUAUGAGUUUGCCACUAAUGAUUUAGGUCCUCUAAGUUACUUCCUUGGUCUUGAAGCUACUACCACCUCUGAUGGCCUCUUCAUCAGUCAGCUAAAAUAUGCACGAGACAUUCUUACACAAGCUCGGCUACUUGACAACAAACCUGUUUACACCCUAUGGUUGUAUCCCAAAACCUAUCUGUUGUGGUCUUUGUUCUCAGAUCCUACCCUUUAUAGAUCUAUUGUCGGUGAAUACCACUUUCUUGCUGUCAAGCACAUUCUUCCCUAUGUUAAAGGCACGCUACGCUUUGGCCUUAGCUUUCGUCCAUUUGCUGCUCCUGGUACUUUAGUUGCUUACUCAGAUGCAAAUUGGGCAGGUUGCCCCGAUACUCAUCGUUAUACCUUUGGUUACUCUAUUUAUCUUGGAGGCAAAUUGGUUUCUUGGAGUGCCAAGAAGCAACCUAUUGUUUCUCGCUCCAAUUGUGAAUCUAAGUAUCGUGCUUUGGCUCUCACUGUCGUUGAAACUCCUUUGGCUAACCCAUCUUCUCAACGACCUCAAAGUUUCAAUUCUAUAGUGGCCCCUCCUCCUAUGUGA